AUGGCAUCCCCAAUACGUCAAACUCCUAUUAUUUGCAAUGGUCAUACAAGACCGGUAAUAGAUUUAAGCUUCGCAGAGGAUCCCGAAUGUGGUCCUUUACUUAUCAGUUCUUCUAAGGACUGCAAAGCCAUGCUAAGAAGAGGCGAUACUGGAGAUUGGAUAGGUUCCUUUAUUGGUCAUGGUGGAGCAGUAUGGUCAUGUUCGUUAAACACAUCCGCCUCCUUGGCUGCAACUGGGUCUGCAGAUUUCUCCGCUAAAAUUUGGAAUGUAUGUGAUGGAAAAGAAAUUCUCUCCAUUUCACAAUCACAUAUAGUUCGUUCCGUCAGUCUUUCAAGAUGCGAUGAAGGAAAAUAUCUCCUAAGCGCUAACAAUAAGCGACAAGUUCUUAUCUACGACCUCAAUGCUCCUGAAAUACCUGUUUGCACUUUCUCUGGACAUGAAAAGAAUAUUAGGAAAGUGUUGUGGAUCAACAAUGAUUCGUGUAUAGCCACAGCAUCUGAAGACAUGGCCAUCAGGUUGUUUGAUGUACAGUGCCAAGAUAAAGAGUUUUGUAAGAUCGAACUUCCCAGCAUUCCAACUGACGCAGAAUUAUAUAUUCGUGAUGACCUUACGAUUGAUAUGUUGGUAGCUGUUGGUAAGACGGCUCAGGUUUUCAAAUUCGAUUUCCGAAAUUGGUCCUCCGCGCUAAUCACAACAUAUAACCUUCCAUCUACUGUUUGUUCGGCUGCGUUUAAUCCUAAUGCUGACAUGCUUGUAUGUGGUUGUGAAGAUAAUCUUAUUUACCAAAUUGAUGCAGAAUCACAGACUGUUUUGGACACUUGUCGUGGCCACUUUGGUCCAGUGCACUGUGUGCGUUUCUCGCCCGACGGUCACCUCUUUGCUAGUGGAAGCGAAGAUGGGACAGUUCGGUUGUGGCAAUCGAAAGUGGGCGAGGAGUAUGGUUUGUGGCGUUGUGAAAUACCCUCUGAUGCAUCUACAUCCAUCUCACUUCAACCCACCUCGAAAAGUCCUGCCUAA